CGAAUAUUUACUAAACAUGCAAUAGAAUUUAGAAAUUUAUUAAAUUCAGUUGGUUUCUUCAAUUAAAUCUUCUAAGCACAUACUUGAACAUGAUCUCAACUUAGAUCCAAGAUGGAAGCCAGAACAGCCGUAGUUUGGGUGGAUAACUACAGUGGGUCGAUAUAUCCAGUAGAUUUUGAGUCUGAACCAACACCAGCUUGUCAGAAAAAUAAAACACCGCAGAUGAAAAGCCUGGUGGAUACUUGUUGUAAUUAUAUCGUUCGUGAUUCAUCAAUGACGCUCGAAGCGAUAGAAACCGUGCCGAAAGAUUUGUGUAUUCCGUUGAUGAAAGAGGCGUUAUUGACCAAUAAGGACAGAGCUAUGGAAGUUUUACUGACUCAUUGGCCAAUGGAAAGCUUUUCGUUAAAAUCCCUGGCCCCUAAUUUAUUCACCUCCCUGAUGUUACUUUAUAAUGAUAGCUAUUUAUCAGAAGUCGUACGUCAGGGCAUGAGAUACACCACAACUCUCGUUCAUAGAUUUAUUCAGGGGUUGAAGAAAGGUCAUCCGAAUAAAUUAAAAUAUUUGGAUCUAACUGGUUACCCUACAGCUGAAGUUGUGUUAUUUUAUCUCUCAACUCACUGUCUAUUGGCUCAUAAUGAAACACGACGGAAGAGUCUAGUAGAGAAGUUUAACGAGGCUGCCUCCAUCGCGUACGAUGUCGUGGAUGAUAGAAAUGUUCUAGAACCAGUUGACAGUUCUUUUCCUGAUAAUUGCAAAUUAAUAGUAAAGCUGGAUGCGUUCGUCACAUCAGAAUCAACGUUUGCCGAAUUAUGUAAAGCGUUAAAAGUGUCCACGUUCCCAGCCAGUAAAGUCCAGCUAUGUAUACAGAGAUUGGGGGCCAUACAGCUAGGAGCACCUGCUAUUAAUCUUAUAUUGAGACAAAUGAACACCAAGUAUGUAACAGCUCUUCAACUUCAUUAUAAUUCCUUAACUUGUGACGACUUCGUUACGUUGAUUCCAUCCUUAAAAAACUUGUCCAACCUCACGUCGAUAGACUUAGCUUGUAAUAAUAUGAACUUCUCUACUAAUGUAACAUCAAGUAUGCAUAUAGCCGAAUGUCUGGGUUCGUUACCCAAAUUAGUCCGUUUGGAUCUUAGCAAUAAUCGCGUAAAAUGUUUGUUAAGACAGUUGCUAUGUCAGGUGACUCAACCAUUACAGUAUUUACGUCUGGCAUCCUGCGCUCUGCGUCUUAACGACGUGACCUAUUUAAGUCUAUCCCAUCAUGCACAUGGACUACAGGAAUUAUGUCUCGGUUCCAACGGAUUAAACGGAAUGACGGAUGAACUGCGGAAGUUAUUCAAAGCUGUGAAAUCAACUUUAAAGAUUUUGGACAUCGAAGAUUGUUCAAUGUUGGAUCAAGAUUUAUUUUUGGUGCAGUCAUACAUAGCAGACAUUGAUAAACUUUUAUUUGUGAAUUUAGCCGAGAAUAUUCUUUCCGUUGAUGCGUUGAAAUCGUUUGUGGAAGUGAUCGCUAAGAACAUAUCAGUCCAGUGUGUACGUUUGUCCUACCCUCGUGAAUGUUACCUAGAAACAAGAUUUAAUGACGAUAGUUUGAAAGUGUUGCUAGUGAACGAUUUACAGAAUAUCGUAAAUAAAUCAUGUAAAACUCAUCCUCGGACCAAACCCAUACAAAUUAUUCUGGUGGAAUCGUCUGACGUGGAGAUGAUGGAUUUGGAAUUCUAAUUAAUUCAUCUUGAUCGUGGUGUGAAGAGGGUUAACAGUUAAUACCCUACCCAUUCCUCUUUCAGCUUAUCAUUGUUAAGAUAUCGAAAUUGGAGCAAAUAAAUGAUAUUUGGAGAUAACAGGACUCUGACCUUUUGAGUUUUCUUCUGAAUAUAAUUAUCACUUCUAUUCUAUGUGGUUUGAAGUUUCAAGAUUGAAACCAUGCAGCACUUUUGUUUUAUUCAGAGUUUUUCUUUUCAUUUCUCAUUCAUAGAACAAAAGAAAUGGAGAUUUGAUUGACAGUUUCUGCAUCAGUUUGAAAUUAAAAACAUCUAAUCAUGAAGUGACAUUUUUCAGCGAGCUUUCCCGAACAUCCCUGACACAAAUUAAUUCGCUGGACCUUGCUUCUGCAAAAAAAUCUUUGGAUAAAAAGUUCCUGAAAUUUCACACUGAUAGAUAACUCACUCCCAAUGAAUGAAGAUUGUUACAUAUUUCUUUGUGUGAAUAUAAUUUUCACACCCAUCUAUGUGGUUGAGGUUUCAAGAUCGAAGCCAUGCAAUACUUGUUUCUUUUGAUUUCUUUCCAUUCCUUAUUAAAUUUUUAAAAACAAAAUUGAAUUUUUUAUGUAUUCUUUACUGAUAUUCCAAAAAAAAACAUUAUUUUU